AUGCUGAGGUAUAGAGUUAGCACAAGUCGGUGUCCAAGCAAUAUAAAGGCACAAAAUCUCACACAGUUCUCAGAAUUCCAUCUCAUGGGUCUCUCAGAUGAUCCAAACCUGCAGCCCAUCCUCUUUGGACUGUUCCUGUCCAUGUACCUGGUCACAGUGCUCGGAAACCUGCUCAUCAUCCUGGCUGUCAGCUCUGACUCCCACCUCCACACCCCUAUGUACUUCUUCCUCUCCAACCUGUCCUUGGCUGACAUCAGUUUCACCUCUACUACAGUCCCCAAGAUGAUUGUGGACAUCCAAACUCACAACAGAGUCAUCUCCUAUUCAGGCUGCCUGACACAGAUGUCUUUUUUUAUGCUUUUCGGAUGUUUAGACAGUCUACUUCUAAGCAUGAUGGCCUAUGACCGCUUUGUGGCCAUCUGUCACCCCUUACACUAUCAGGUUAUUAUGAACCCUCGUCUCUGUAGCUUGUUGGUUUUGAUGUCAGUUCUAAUGAGCCUUUUGGUCUCUCAGAUGCAUAAUUCAACUGUGUUACAAUUUAUGUACUUUCAGAAUGUGGAAAUUUCUCAUUUCUUUUGUGACCCUUCGCAGCUCUUCAACCUUGCCUGUUCUGACACCUUCACCAAUAAUAUAGUCAUGUACUUUGUGGGUGCCAUCUCUGGAUUUUUUCCUAUCUCAGGAAUCCUUUUCUCUUACUAUAAAAUUGUUUCCUCCAUUUUAAGAGUCCCAUCAAAGGGUGGGAAGUAUAAAGCCUUCUCCACCUGUGGGUCUCACCUCUCAGUGGUUUGCUUAUUUUAUGGGACAGGGCUUGGAGUGUAUCUCAGUUCAGCUGUCUCACUUUCUCCAAGGAAGUGUGCAGUGGCCUCUGUAGUGUACACUGUAGUCACCCCCAUGCUUAACCCAUUCAUCUACAGUUUAAGAAAUAGAGACAUAAAGAGAUCUAUGUGGAGACUCCAUAGAAAGACAGUCUGA